GUGUCCGUACUGCCAAGUCCCUCACUUCCCUCUUCAUCAUUGACCGCCGAAAGCACGCAGAGAGAGAAAGAGAGAGAGAGAGAGAGUCGUACGCGGCCACGACCGCUGUCUGCCGCCGAACGAGUUUGCCGGACUGGCGGGGAAGAGAUGGCGAAGAUAGUGCUGGGGUCCGAGCCGGUGGUGGGCUCACUGACGCCGUCGAGGAAGAGGGAGUACAGGGUCACCAAUCGUCUCCAGGAGGGCAAGCGUCCACUCUACGCCGUCGUCUUCAACUUCAUCGACUCCCGCUACUUCAACGUCUUCGCCACCGUCGGCGGCAACCGGGUGACUGUUUACCAAUGCCUUGAAGGGGGUGUGAUAGCUGUGUUGCAGUCAUACAUUGAUGAAGAUAAGGAUGAGUCCUUCUAUUCUGUCAGUUGGGCAUGCAAUAUUGAUGGGGCCCCAUUUGUCAUUGCUGGAGGCAUCAAUGGGAUUAUCCGUGUAAUUGAUGCUGGGAACGAGAAAAUACACAAGAGUUUUGUGGGCCAUGGAGAUUCAAUAAACGAGAUCAGGACUCAGCCAUUGAAGCCAUCACUUAUUGUUUCUGCUAGCAAAGAUGAGUCGGUUAGGUUAUGGAAUGCUCAAACUGGAAUUUGCAUUCUAAUAUUUGCUGGAGCUGGGGGUCAUCGCAAUGAGGUCUUAAGUGUGGAUUUCCAUCCUUCAGAUAUAUAUCGAAUUGCAAGUUGUGGAAUGGACAACACUGUGAAGAUUUGGUCAAUGAUAGAGUUCUGGACAUACGUGGAGAAGUCAUUUACUUGGACAGAUCUUCCAUCAAAGUUCCCUACCAAAUACGUACAGUUUCCUGUGUUCAUCGCUUCAGUCCAUUCCAACUAUGUUGACUGUAAUAGGUGGCUUGGUGAUUUUGUAUUAUCGAAGAGUGUGGACAAUGAGAUUGUGUUGUGGGAACCCAAAAUGAAGGAACAAUCUCCUGGGGAGGGCACGGUUGACAUCCUUCAAAAAUACCCAGUUCCAGAGUGUGACAUAUGGUUCAUCAAAUUUUCUUGCGACUUCCAUUAUCAGUCAGUGGCUAUAGGGAAUCGGGAAGGUAAAAUUUAUGUGUGGGAGCUGCAGAGUAGCCCUCCUGUCCUAACAGCAAGGUUGUCUCAUACUCAAUCAAAGUCACCAAUCAGACAAACUGCCAUGUCAUUCGACGGGAGCACAAUUCUCUGUUGCUGCGAGGACGGUACCAUAUGGCGCUGGGAUGCUGUCGAAGUUUCAUCUUCCUAACUUAUAUACUUAGGCACUAUAGGCUCAAAAUAUGGUGCAAAACACAGAAUCUCUGUUAAUUAGUCAAGGUCGGAACCGACUCGGAGAUUCAUAUCUAUUUACAAACUGAUAUUUCAUGUUGUCAUGUAAUCAUAUGAUAGUUUGCUUUGUUCAA